AGUAGUGAACCACAUCAACAACUCGUCCUUGUAUUAAAAACUCAAUAUCAAAUUCUUUGUCCCACAAAAGAUGGGGUUCACUCCCACAAGUACUGCAACAUGCUUUCUCAUAAUAGCACCUCUGGUUGUGCUAUGGUGUUGGAAGCUACUAAAGUGGGUGUGGCUGAGGCCAAAGAGAUUGGAGAGAGCAUUAAGGGCACAGGGCCUUCAGGGGAAUCCCUACAGCCUCUUGAUUGGGGACACUAAGGAAAUGUACACAGUGCUCAUGCAAGCUGCCAGAUCUCAACAAUCUACAAGUUCUUUUCUCUCUAAGGAUAAUGAUGCAGCACCACAUAUCACAACCUUUAACCAUCACAUUGUCAACAAAUUCGGCAAGAAUUCAUUUUUUUGGGAAGGUACCAAACCAAAAGUGGUAAUCACUGACCCUGAGCAAAUCAAAGAAGUCUUCAACAAGAUCCAAGACUUUGAGAAACCCAAGUUGAGUCCUAUUGUCAAGUUGUUGGGCUCUGGACUUGCAAAUUUAGAAGGCGAGAAAUGGCGUACACAUCGAAAGAUUAUUAACCCUGCUUUCCAUUUAGAAAAAUUGAAGGUUAUGUUACCAAUAUUUCUUGAAUGUUGUGACGAUAUGGUUUCCAAAUGGGAAAGGUUGUUGUCUUCAAAUGACAAAUCCGAAAUUGAUGUGUGGCCUUUCCUUCAAAAUUUAACAUGUGAUAUUAUAUCUAGAACAGCAUUUGGAAGCAGUUAUGAAGAUGGGAAACGUAUAUUUGAACUUCUGAAAGAGCAAACUGGACUUAUGAUGAAAUUGCAGAACGCUUACAUUCCAGGAUGGUGGUUGCUGCCAACAACUACAAAUAAGAGGAUGAAAAAAAUUGAUACUGAGAUACGAGCAUUACUUAAAGGUGUCAUCAACAAACGAGAGAAUGCAAUGAAGGCUGGUGAAGUCUUGAACAAUGACUUGUUGGGCAUGCUUUUGGAAUCAAACCGUAUGGAAAUACAAGAUCAUGGAAAGAAUAACAUUAUUGCAAUGACUAACCUAGAGGUAAUUGAGGAAUGCAAUGCAUUCUACAUAGCAGGACAAGAAACCACAUCGGUUUUACUAGUUUGGACAAUGGUGUUAUUGAGUAGAUAUCCUCAUUGGCAAGAACGUGCAAGGGAGGAAGUAUUGCAUGUUUUUGGUAACCAAAAGCCAGACUAUAAUGGGCUAAGUCACCUUAAAAUUGUGACCAUGAUUUUAUACGAGGUUCUUAGGUUAUACCCACCUUUAAUUUAUUUUGCUCGAGCGAUCAAGAAUGAUGUGAAACUUGGAAACCUUUCCCUACCUGCGGGAGUGCAAGUUUCCUUACCAAUACUAUUGAUUCACCAGGAUCGUGAUAUUUGGGGUGAUGAUGCUACAGAGUUCAACCCAGAAAGAUUUGCUGAAGGAGUAGCAAAGGCAACAAAAGGCCAAGUUGUGUUUUUCCCAUUUGGAUGGGGUCCUAGAGUGUGCUUAGGCCAAAAUUUUGCUUUAUUAGAAGCGAAGUUGGUUUUGUCAUUACUCUUACAACGCUUCUCAUUUGAGCUUUCUCCUACCUAUGCACAUGCUCCAGUCACUGUGCUCACUCUUAAUCCAAAAUUUGGUGCUCAUAUCAUCUUACAUAAGUUGUAGUGUCAUCUAUUAAUUUGUAUCCUGCACACCUAAUUAUCUCCAUUCCUUUCUUAUGUUCUAAUCUCUUGUAUUUAUAGAGGGAAACCUCUUUAUUAUAUUGAAUGCUAUUUUUAUUUCCUAAAA